GCUAUAUAGAAAUAAAACAAAAGCUUCGUUAUUUAAUUUUUUAAAAGUUAUUUUUUCAUUCCACAAAGCUAAAAAUUUAUGAAUGACGAUUGAAGGGUGUGUGAGCAUGUUGGCCAAACGUGAGGACUGAGGCUGCCCGUGAGUAGUUGUUUACUACCUGGCUACCAAAAACCUCGUUUUUAUUAAUAGAAUCUGUGAAUAUCUUUGUUUCUUCUUUUCUUUUCAACACAAUUUUUUCUAUUUACAAGCCCUCUCGACGCUUUUAAAUGGCAGGAGCCGAAAAUGACGAGAAAAAACUGCUGGAACUGUUCGACGAAGGGUUCAAACUAUUUCAGUUCGUCCACAACACGGACGAACCGACCAAUAGUUUAUGCGUUCAGAACAAAGUCAAACAGGCGAUGAGGAUUUUUGAAGAGGCGACUCGGCUUACAUCCGCUGUUGGGAUAUUCAGCACGAAUGAGAACGUGGACGAGAUUGCCACUGAGAAUCUGCGCCUUUUCCUCUUGCCAGCGCUGCUUGGCUCGUUAGCGCUUAAAUUAACAGGCAACUCGAACAGAAUAGAGAUCGUCGAAACGGGAGACACGUAUUUCAGGGACUUUUUGCAAAGGUGUAACGACUAUGAGAUAUCCAACGUCGACAUACCCGCCCCUGAAGCCAUCAUUCAGUCUGAACAGUCACCACCACAGAAACGAUGCACCUUUGACAUCUUGUCUGCUGCCAAAAACCGAGCGCACAAAAUUCAGAGGUACAAAGAAGAAAAGGCGCUAGAGGAAGAAUUGGCGCAGUUGUUAAAAGCAGUAGAAAGUCCUAAUGUCGAUGAAGAAAUUAAAAGAGAAUAUUAUCUUAAACUUAUUAAAUCUUAUGUCGGUAAGGCCGAAGAAGAGUUGGAUUGCUUGCAGUCGGAAAAGAAAAUUCUAAUACACAUAAAGAACAACGCCAAAAAUGACUCGUUGGCCAGUAGUGAAGACACAAAGAGGCGAGGGAAGAUCCCUCCACCUAAGCCAUUGAUGCCGGUCAUUAUAACAAAAGAUGAGGUCCAAAAGGCGGUUUACGGAGCCGGCUACCCGAGUCUGCCUACAAUGACCGUCCAGGAGUUCUAUGACAAAAGGGUCCGUGAUGGGAUUUUUCCCGACCCGUCAAAACAGAGCACCAGCUUAAUGGCGAUGGCAUCUCAAGGUAUCAGCCCGAGGGAUGAGGAAGAACGUGAAAAUAAGGAAAAGGAAGCGCGCGAAGACAGAGACGACCAAAUGGAGCUCAAUAGGCAAAGAGCGAUGGACGAAUUCAAGGAUGAUAACAAGCGUGGUUAUGGAAACCGAUACAAUAGAAGCUAACUAAAUCUUUA